AUGCUUUCGGAAAUUCUAAUAACAAAACUUCUUGAAUCCGAAAAUGUUGAGAAUAGUAACUUGAUUGAAAUAUUGGGAAAUAUUAAGCCUUCGAAAUCGGCAAACACUUCAAUUUCAUCCAUAGUUCGAGGUUUGUUCACUAAGAACAAGAAAUUAUUGUCAUUAUUGAAUACAGUCUCUAUUGAAUUGGCUAACAACAAUGGGAACUCAAUCCAAUUAUUUAAAAAUUUUGUCAAUGAAUUUAUAAUAUGGCUCGAAGAGGAUGGGAUGGUGCUAUUCGAGAAAUACUUAUCCCUUAUUUCUAAUCCAGAAAAUUGCCUUGAAUCUUCGUCCCCUGAAGGUUCGAUAUGCUUUGGUAAACCAAUAUUGAAUUGCUUGAAUUAUAUUAAAUUUAUAAAUGAAUCUCUUCUCAUAUUAAGAAAUCCAUUUAUCGUCGAUAAAUUGUCGAUCUUGAAAGAAAGAGUAGCUGAACUAAUUGACAGCUACCAUGAAUUUUUGGAGGUGAAAUACUUAAACAACAUAAGCUUCAGUGAUGUAAAAUUAUUUUGUGAAACGGACAAAGCCAAUUCAGUACCUAAAUCAAAGAGCUUUGCUAAAGUUUCUAGUUUUUUUAAGAUAGAUCAAAUAGUCGACAGAACUAGAAAUGAAAGCUUUUUUAUAGUUCAAGAUGAACAGAAGCUGGCCAAUAUUGAGUUGAUGCUUUUGAAUUUAUCCGGAACUGAUUAUAAUUCCUUGGCUCUUUUAUCAAUUCCUACUAAUCAGGAUUUACCAAGAUCUUUGAUGUACCCUCCAUUCAGGAUUAAUGAACUUUCUAUUGUUUACAUGAAGUCAUUGAAUCAAAUUUUGUUGAAGUCUAUUAAUUUUUCAUCGAAGCAUAGUUCUAACUCGGUAUCAAUCAGUUGUGAGGACCCCAGAUUAUUGUAUACAUGGUAUAAGAAAUUGGAACGUAUCUUCCCGCUGGAGGAAAGUGAUUCUCCAGUCAGCCAAUACUUUUUGAUCAAUGCAAAUAACGUGUCAAACGAUAUUAGAAUGUCAGGCUUAGGAAUUAAUGUGCUAUCAGACUGCCAGCACAAACAAGAGAUCCACACAAAUGGAAAUAUUAGUAUUUCACAAUCAAAAAAUGGUUCACAUUCGAAUCCUGUGUUCAGCGGAAAUCGCCAUGAGUCGACCACUGACUCGUACAAUCCAGCCUCCACUCAGAAGCCGUUUAAUCCACCUUUCAUGAGCAAGACAAGAAAAUCUUCUAGUUCUUCCAUAAAAUCUAUUGAUUCAACUGAAGCAAUUAAAUUUCAGUAUGACCGUUCGUUAAAUAUCAUAAAUGAGAAUUUAUCUAAAUCAGACUGUAAAAAAGACAGUGGAAUGGGAAAUGUGGAUCCUACGACUCAAUACAUCAAACCCGUGAAACGCAACUUUGUUAAUGCAACAGAUAGUUUGCUUGUUCUGGAGAACGAAAAUAGACCAGUAUCAUCACAGGCUGAAAUCUAUUUUGCAACUCCAGACCCUGGAGACGUAUCUAAAGAAGAAGGUGAUUCCUACAUAAACAAACCCAAUUUAUCUGAUAGUUAUAAGUACCAAUCUAAUCAUAAGUUUUCAUCUGUUCCGGAUUUAUCUAAGUCUGAACCAAAGAAUAAACUUUAUGAGCUAUCAUCUGGGUCAGCUAUUGAUAUUACAAAUUUUGGAAGAAAUCAUAACCCUUCAUUCAGUGUGGAAUAUGGCCUUUCAGGUAUGGGUGCUUUAACAGAACUGGGUAUAAAUGAAAGUUCAGAAGACAUUACAAAGAUGGAAAAGAAUUCAAAGCAGAAAAGAAAAUCUAUAUUUAGUCUCUUCAAGAAACCAUCUAAGAUGCAACUGGCUUCGACUGAUUCUAUUGAUCGCAAGAGUAACAUGGAAUCCCAACUGGACAAUCCGACUAUUAAAAAAGAAAUAACUACAACCGAAGGUGCCAUUAAUCUCAAGGGCUUAAGAAUUGAAACUAAUAUACCAAUAGAUUCUGAGGAUCCAUUGUCACUGGCAUCCGAUAAAUCAUUUUCGCAGACGCCUAAAUCUGCCUUGCCAUCACCUUUUGCCUUACCAUCAUCUACAUCCAUGUAUUUUUUCAAACAGUACAAAAAUGGAUCUAGUGCAACUAUCAAUGGUCAAUCUCAAGAAAAUAUACUGGAUCAAGUAGUAGAUGACGAAGAAGAUCUAAUUAUACCUCAAAAUUUGAAAGAUAUUAUCAAUGAUGACAAGUCAAUUGAUUUCUAUAUCUCUCCUUGUUCCCCAGAAGCAAUGAAGAUUUCAAAAUGGAAGCAAAAGUACGGUAAAUGGGAAAUGAUAACACUUAACCAGAAUUUGUUUUUGAAAAUUGUUAUUAAUUACGACCUCAAUAAAAGUUGGUUAAUUGCUUUUAAAGAAGUUUAUGAUCAAGAGUAUGAUGAAGUUAUUGAUAAGCCAGUAUUAUUAAUGGACAUAAACCCCAAAGUCACAUCUAUUAGACAAUCAUCUGCAUUAGAUUUACAAAUUAAUGCCGUAAAUGCUAUCACUUCAGAAAAGCUAUUGAUUAUGAUUAGAUGUAAAAGUGGAAACAUGUUAGAUGCGAUCAGUACUAAUAUUGAUAAUGUUUUGGGGGUUCUUGCUCAUGCCGGGAAACCCCACAAAUUUGCUUCUUCUAAUGUUAGUUUAUCAUCAUCGAUUAUGGACAUAAAAGACAAACCUAGUAAUUCUUCAACAUUGACUAGCCUUAAUUCCUCUUUAAACAGCGAGGCUAUUAAGCAACCAGGGCAAGGACAAUUACCUGCUGCAAAAUCAAUGUUUUCAUUAAAUUCGGCAGAUAUCACAAAUUCUAAUAUUUUAAGUAAUCCGGAUAAUUCUAAAUUCCUUUUAUUGAACCAAAUGACAAUCAGGUUGCAAAAACAAUUAGAGUCGUAUAAUCUGAUUAGUAACCCAUCGUCAUGGAAAAUAUUGUCGAUGUACACCUUAAGCAUAUACAUGAUAUCCGACAAUUUUACAAACAAAAACUACUAUAAUUUGGCUCUUUCUGGUCCACUGGAGGACGCUCUGGAUUACAACUGGCUAAUCUGCGAGGAAGACAAGUUCAGUCGUAUUGAAAGAAUAGGGAAAGCUGGUUUAUUAAUUAAAGCAACAGAAGAUGAGAUAUAUAUGAUAGAAUGCAGGGGCAAGAAGGAAUUCAAAGCCUUGUUCGAAAUAUUUUGA